CCCUGUACACACACACACACACACACACACACACACACACACAGUGGAAGAAGCGGAAGAAGAAAUAGUAGCCCCCUACGCUCGGCCUCACCCCACACUACACAUUACAUUACAUAUUUACAUUGCCACGAAGAAGCCACGAACACCCCCACAAAAGGCUUUCAUUUCUUGACAAGAGUGGAGUGUCAGAGUAGGAGAUGGAUAGGUAGAUAGAUGGGACUGGGAGGAUUAUGAUUCAUCACGUUUAUUUUUUGAGAUUCGGGAAAGGGAAGGCGAGGAGGGAGUGAGUGAUUGGGGUGGAGAAGAGAGAGAAGAUCUUCAGCGGAUCAAGGUGAUUUAAAGCAAAGGCGGCGAGAAUUUAUGAUUUGAUGUGAGAUAUAGGUAGAGAAAGAGAAAGAAAAGAGAAAGAGUUGUUUGUUCUCUUCUUCUUCUUCUCUUUCUGACGCUAUAUACCUUUUACUUUAUUUUUCAUUUGUUCAUGGUCUUUCUUUACCCCUUAAAGCUUUGUUUUUGUUUGAGGAUUUAAGCGUCGUUAAGUAUUGUGUAUUGACUAUUGUCAUCAGAAAGACUCUUAAUCGAUUAUGGGUUGUAGGAGAUGUGAUAAGGGAGCUGUUUUUUGAUUUUGGAGUCCAGUCUUAUGUUAGGAUAGAGAGGGAUAAGAGAGAGAGAAAAAAAGAGAAGCCAUUUGUGGUCUGGGUUCUUGGUUUCUUCAACUGGGUUUGUCUUAGUUCGGUGAUUAACGGAGAGAGAAAGGGUUGUAAUCCGACAACAAGGAAGGGACUUGAUGGGUGGUUUCAGAGAAAGCAGGAGCCUUGUUGUUUAUAUGCUUUAGUGAAGGUUUUUGCUGCAGUUUUUUAAAGAAAAUUUUAGGGUAGUUUCGGGACAAAAUGAAGUUUAUGAAGCUGGGUUCCAAGCCUGAUGCUUUUCGAGCUGAUGGCAAAUGCAUCAGGUAUGUGACAUCUGAACUGGCUACGGAUGUUGUCAUAAAUGUUGGUGAAGUGAAGUUUUAUCUUCAUAAGUUUCCACUCUUGUCGAAGAGCAAUCGCUUGCAGAAACUGGUGCAGAAAGCCAGUGAGGAAAACUCUGAUGAAAUCAAUGUGGUUGAUUUUCCUGGUGGGCCUAAAGCCUUUGAAAUUUGUGCGAAAUUCUGCUAUGGAAUGACUGUUACUCUCAAUGCAUACAAUGUUGUGGCUGCUCGUUGCGCAGCUGAUUAUCUUGAGAUGACUGAGGAUGUAGAUCGAGGAAAUUUAAUCUUUAAAAUUGAAGUGUUUCUCAAUUCCAGUAUUUUCCGCAGCUGGAAAGAUUCCAUUAUUGUUCUCCAAACCACUAGAUCCCUUCUUCCCUGGUCUGAAAAUCUAAAAAUUGUUGGAAGAUGUAUAGAUUCCAUUGCAUCUAAAACCUCUGUGGAUCCUUCAAACAUUACUUGGUCAUACACAUAUAACAGGAAAUUAUCAGUGCCUGAUAAAAUAAUUGAGGAACGUGUAAAGAUUGGGGAGAAAAAUGACUCUGUUCCGAAGGAUUGGUGGGUCGAAGAUAUAUGUGAGCUGGAGAUUGAUCUCUACAAGCGAGUCAUGAUUACUGUGAAAUCUAAAGGAAGGAUGGAUGGUUCUGUAAUUGGGGAGGCACUGAGGACCUAUGCAGUUAGAUGGUUGCCGGAUUCUGUUGAUACAUUGAUUUCAGAUGCUCAUAGCAGAAGGAACAAAUUUCUGGUGGAAACAAUUGUUUGCUUAUUGCCGUCAGACAAAGGUGUCGGUUGUUCGUGCAGUUUCUUGCUGAAACUGUUGAAAGUGGCCAUCUUGAUUGGUGUGGAUGAUUCAUCAAGGGAAGAUCUGGUUAAGAGGAUCAGUUUAAAGUUCCAUGACGCUUCUGCUAAAGAUUUAUUAAUCCCAGCACGGUCACCUCAGACCACUUUUUAUGAUGUCGAAUUGGUGCAUUCCAUUGUGAACCGAUAUAUGAUGCAGGAAAAGUCAAGUCAGGGUUUAGACAUAGAGAGGAAUGAGAAGGGAACUGAUGAUUUUGUUUUAGGGCAUGGAUCUUUGUUGGCUGUAGGUAAACUGAUUGAUGUGUAUCUCAUGGAAAUUGCACAUGACCCAAAUCUUUCUCUUUCCAGUUUCAUCAACUUGUCACUGUCAAUUCCUGAUGCUGGAAGACCAAUUCAUGAUGGACUGUACAGAGCCAUUGAUGAGUACUUGAAGGAGCACCCUGGCAUGACAAAGGCUGAAAGAAAAAAGAUAUGUGGGCUGAUGGAUGUCAGAAAACUGACGAUAGAUGCAUCUAUGCAUGCAGCACAAAAUGAACGACUGCCGCUCCGGGUUGUGGUGCAAGUUCUCUUUUUUGAGCAGGUUAGAGCCGCUGCAGGGGUUCAUGCCCCUAACAACAAUGCCUGCAAUGCUUCACAGUCUACAACAAACACAGAUGAAGAAUGGGAGAAAGCAGCAGUGGAAGACAACCAAAGAUCCGUCAAGAAAAAGAUGAGUCAAAUGAAGAUAAAAGACGAGGAAUUCCCAAAGAAAGGAAAACUAACUAAGAAGAACAGCAAAAAUGGCAUAAGUGUUGUGCAGCUGUUACCAUCAAGGUCAAGAAGAAUAUUUGAUAAGUUGUGGGUUGUGGGUAAAGGGCAUGGAGAAAACAGGAGCUCUGAGACAUCUGGGAGUUCACAAAGCCCUACUUCAUUGGCUCCUGGGGAUACCAAGUCUUCUGGUUCAUCUUCAAGACACAGGAGGCACUCCAUAUCUUAGAGGAGAUGGAUUAAAACAUGAAACGAACAGGUGAAAAAAAUUCAAAAGCAUUGUAAGUGUAAAAAAUGGUAGGCUUUUGUUCUAGUUGAUGUUGGUUUAUCACUGUAUCUUGCAAGCAUGCGUAUUCCAAGAGUUUCUUCUGCAGAAAUUUGUAAUCGGUUUCAUUUUGAGUGCCACUGCCUUCUCUUUCUAACAGCUCUUAAUUGCUAAUGUAAGAUUAUCUAUUAUAUUAUAACACUAGUUAACUAGAGGGCAGUUCAUGUUUCA